GCUGUUACCAAAGUCACCCCGGUGGUUGAUUACCGAGGGUCGCUUUGAGGAAGCUCUGAAGAUCAUGACCAAGAUCGCUAAGAUCAAUCGGAAACCGCUACCUUCUGACCCCGUCGUCCUCGCUGCUAUGGAGAACAUCGUUAAGCAGGGAUCUCGGGAGAAGGAGGAAGACCAGACCGACAGAGAGGCCACCAUCAUGUCUCGCUUCCUGGCAGUCAUAAAGCAGGUCGUCAUCUUGCUGACUAUACGCCAGCUUAGACUGAGAACCUUGGUCGUGUUCUUCUGUUGGUUCGCUGCCUCCAUGGUCUACUAUGGUAUCGCCCUCAAUGCUACAAACCUCAGCACCGAUCCAUACUUUUACAUCUUCCUGGGAGGUCUAUUGGAGGUGCCAUCGUACCUGAUCUUGUGGCCGGCACUCGUGUACAUAGGGAGGAAGAAGUCCCUGGUGGCCCUCUAUCUUACAUGUGCCGUCUGUAUCUUUGCCGUGAUGGCAAUAAUCCUUGUAUAUCCUGGAGGAGAGCAGGUGGCCAAGGUCUUCUUCUCACAGAGCGGUAAGGUGGCGGUAACAGCGGCCUUCCAAUUAGUGUGGAUGUACACGGCAGAGCUCUACCCUACCAAGUACCGUUCAUUAGCUGUGGGGGAAGCUAGCUUAUGCGCACGCGUCGGCAGUACUUCGUCACCGUAUAUUAACGAUAUUCUGGGAGGUUACACCGUAUGGGCACCGGCGGCGCUAUUCGGGACAGUCUCUCUUAUCUCCGCGGUGCUGUCACUCAUCCUGCCAGAGACAAGACACUGCACUCUGCCGGAAUCCAACGAUUUUUUCUCCAAGAAGAAGGACAAGGAGACAGACAGAGGAGGAAGCAAGGAAACAUCCCUGGAGGAUGUGAGUCAGGGGGUGGUCAACCUGUCAUACAACCCAGAGACGGGCCAACCGGGGACGGAGAGAUUAUAAUGAGAAUAAUGUACACCCAUCUUGUGAUAGCAAGAUGAUGACUAUCUUUAAACCUCCGUGACGGAUAACCGGAGGGGGAGAGAGCACAGGACUAUAUCCUAUAACAUUAUACUGGGCCUCAAGACCCACGGACAACAAGGACAUAAGGAUAUUCUCCUCCACAACAAACUUUCAAGACUCUGGAAUUCACGGCCAAUUUUAGUACUAAUUUAGAACUUUUAGAUAAUAACGUCAUUGUUAACGAACACAACAACACAUCGUUUUACCAGCUGUUUGUUAAGCAUAAUAACAUUACUUGAGUCUACGUAUCGAGCACCUGCAGAAGAUAUUAACAAAAUAACAUCUACCAAACAAUUUUACCCCCAAAAACUCAAGACAAUGUCCUCAGCGUCUCUUCAUAAAUAUUUACAGUAAACAUAUAGGUAUAUCACUUUUAGAAACAUAGGUAGAAGACACCGAGUCGUGUCAGCUGUCACCACGACGUGAAAACUCACUAUAAACUAAUGCUAACAACGACCAUGCCAUAUAUCGCUGAUAGGAUCAUUUUUUCUAUUACUUUAUCUUUAUAAUUUUGAGUUUUUGGAAAAUUCCAAGAUAUGCAACAUUCCACGGAGGUAUUGAGUGCGGUUGUAAGUUAAAAAGGACUCCAUUAAGCUAUCUGUGAGAAACACAUCUUCGUGCAUAUGUAUAUUUUUCUCAUUUAGUUAGGAAUCAAGGGAUAAACCUCUUUGGUUGAAGAUAAAAUUUCUCAAUUUCACAUCAAAAUUUAUAUUCCUGAUUAACACUCCGAUGGUGUUAUGUCUAUAUGUCCAGUCUACAUCUAGGUAUACAAGGGGUGAGAACAAUAUAUUUUCUGCCACAUAAC